AUGCUCAAGCUCAACGUUGUUCUAAUUUACGGCGCACUCCUCUUGAGAGGAGUGUCAGCCGGGAGUGUAUUUGCUCACUUCAUGGCACAGAACUCUUAUUCAUAUGGUCAAGGGGACUGGGCCAACGAUAUCAAUACCGCUGCUGGUAUUGGAAUCGAUGGGUUUGUUCUCAACCUCGCUGGAUUUGACUGGGAAGCUGAUCGAAUCAAUAAAGCCUAUGCAGCGGCUGAGCAAAGGGGGUCGUUCUCCUUCUUUUACUCGUUUGAUAUGGGCUACUCUGUCUGGGAUAUUUCCCGAAUGACUACGCAAAUCACCGCCCAUGCCUCUUCCCCUCGUACAUAUAGGUGGAAUGGCAAGGUUUUGGUUUCUACCUAUGGUGGCUCGGACCGCGGUGAUGCUUUUUGGAGUCAAUUAAAAACCUCCUGUGCAAACGCCGGCGUUCAGAUAGUCUUUGCGUCUGCUUUCACUGAUUACAGAAACCCAGAUGGAGCAAGCGGACUUGUAGGCAAGUUUUCUUCAAUUGAUGGAUUCUUCAAUUGGUGGUCCUGGCCCGAGGAUAAUGGUCAACUGUUGACCACGUUCAAAGAAAUGGGUGGGACGCAAAAUUGGGUUCAACUCAGUGAUACCCUCUGGGACUACCGAUGGAAACAAGCAAUCAACGACGUCAAGCCCGACAUUGUCGAGAUUGUUACGCGGAACGACUAUGCUGAAUCUCAUUACAUUGGGGAUAUCAACCCAAACGUUUACCUCGACCCAACUGUAUCACAGUACGUGAAUGGGUUCUACAAGAGCGGAAGUGCACCGGCAGUCGGGAAGGAUCAAGUCGUAUUCUGGUACCGGAACCAUCCCAAGGGCGUCUCUUGUUCCCAAGGCGACAGGCCCCGGAACUCGCAAUAUCCGGUCGAUGCUGUGUUUGCUCUUGCACUCCUAACCAGUCCGGCGACUGUCACUCUCGAUAUUGGUUCCAAUCACUUCCAAUGGAAUGCCCCCGCGGGAUCCUCUAUGGGCUCAGUGCCCUUCCCUCCAGAAGAUACGCAAAUCCCGUACAUCCAAAUCAUCCGCAACGGAAUCAAAGUCAAAGAUGGGUACGGAUCGACAUACGUGACAAACUCGUGCCCGAUCUACAACUUUAACCCGUUCGUUGGUGUGAUUGGAUAG